AUGGCGGUACGCAACACCUACCCCAUCUACCGCUUCAGCGAUGUGCGCGUCCUCCUAAACGUUGGCACCUUGCUGGUGGCCAUUUGCGCCGUCCUGGUCGCUCUGCGCUUUGCCUCGCGCAUCGUUCGCCAGCAGCGCCUUGGCGCCGAUGACUGGUGCUCCCUUGUGGCUCUGUCCGGCGUUAUCCAGCUGAUCGUCCAUUGUUACCUAUGGGCCCUCUGGGGCAUGGGCAUGCAUAUGGCUGAGAUUGGCAUACCCAAUGUCUCCGCAAACUUCAAAGUCCUAGUAGCCUUUGAGUUCGUCUACGGCCUCUCCAUUGCCGCAGUCAAGUGCUCCUACCUGGCUUUCUACCUGCGCGUCUUCCCCCAGAAGCGUUUCCAAACAGCCGUUUACUGGUGUCUGGGUCUCAUCGUGGCCAUUUUCAUCGCCAACGCGCUCCAGAUCUUCUUAAUAUGCCGUCCUGUUGCCGGAAACUGGGAUCCGCUUAUCCCUGGCCUGGUUUGCGGCAGCAGGCCAAUCAGCUUCGCCAUCAUCGGCGCUUUGAACAUGGUCACCGACCUCAUCAUCAUCCUCCUGCCUCUGCCGCUGGUGCUUGGCCUGCAGAUGGACCGACGCACCAAAUGGGGCUUGUGUCUGAUGUUCGGCCUGGGGUUUUCCAUUACCGCAGUUUCCAUCAUCCGCAUGCUCGUCAUGCUCCACCUUGACUUCUACGACAUGACAUACUCGAUGCAGCCGUCGGCUGCGUGGACAGUCCUCGAGACUACCAUCUCCAUCAUCAACUCUUGCAUCCCGAUGCUGCGGCCGAUCCUGAUGCACGCGGUGGCACGCGUGCGCAAGCAUGUACCUUGCUCCAACAAAACCGGCAGCAAGAGCGCCGGCGCGCUCUCCUCGGAGGGCGGGUUCUCAUUGCACGGAUUCAAGAGCGGUAAGAGGAACGGGGUGGGUGGCGAGGGGGAUUUUGAUCGUAUUUCGGAUAAGACGGCGACGUCAAAAAAGGGAGGGAAGAAAGAGGUCGGCAUUGACACGAUGAUUGACGAGGAGUUGCGGAGGGAUGUCGAGGCGGGGCGAGUGGACACUACUACAGCGGGGUGGGAGGAUGGUGGGAGUGAAAGACGGAUAUUACAUGGAUAAUGCGUCGUUGUGCAUGUUUCCCUCCUUUUUGUGAAAAAAAAGAAAAA